GAGAAGCGUCCUUUUGGUCCCAUGAAGAACAUAUUGAGGGGCCCCCGAGCUCUCUCGCAUCGCUCCUGAGCACGCACGCGCGAUUGGUCGGUCGGCAUUGAGGCAUUCAGGCACACUCUACCCACAUCUGCUACUUCACCACCGGCAACGCGCAAGUGCACCUCCCAAUCGGGUGCGCUUCGCGGCUCCGCGACGGCGGCGGCGGCGGUCCGUCAGUCGACAUUCGUAAAUGGUGAUGUAUGGUCGCGGGCUCGUAGCGGGCUGGUGAUUCGUCGUCGUACGUGGUAAACUGCCCUGUCAGUGAGCCUCGGGGACGGGAGAUGGGCACGCAAAAGCCGGGGGAAUGGGCGAACGCGCUGAUCGCGCGCUUCGAGGACCAGCUGCCGUGUCGUUCCGGUCCUCGAAGCCCUCAGUCCCGCGUGAACGAGAUGAGGAACAAGAAAUGCCUGAUCGAGAUCUCCCAGUACCGCUUCUCCCUCGUGAUAUCCGGCCUCAUGAAGAUGCUGCAACGCGUCAACGACACGGAACACCGAGCAACGACACCGAACACCGGCAGCCAAAGGCCCUUUCAGAAUAUGGACCAGGAUCGACAAGAGUCCGUCAUUAUCGUCCUGGACACAUUGGAGAAGUGCCUAGCGAACCAGCCGAAGGAUACAACGAAAUUCGACGAGGCCAUGAACGUGAAAUUGCUGCUCAGGGAGAUCUGCCAGUUCAUAAGCAUACCGCACGACAGUCCGCAGACGAAAAUGAUAAAAGACCUGGCGAGCAAGGUGCUGUUCGCCCUGAGCUUGAACUUCUUCAACGCGGUCUUCAACCGGAUAUCGGCCCGGCUGCAGGAGCUGUCCAACAGCGGGGGCGACGAGAAUCCGGACUGCAGCGACAUCGAAAUAAUGCAGCAUAUUAAUGUUGACGUUUAUAGACUGACCAGGCUGUUGAAUGAGACGAUACAGAAAGUCCGCUCACUGAAGAAAUCGGCGCACCUAGUGCUCAUGAAUUCCCUGGAGAAGGCGAUCUGGAAUUGGAUGGACACCUAUCCGAACGAGUUCGCCGAAGUGCAGAAGCAGCCCAACGAGGAACUGGGGAAAGCGUGCGAGGAACUGUUCCACGUGCUCGACGGCUUCGUCGACAACAAGAAGAGCCGGGCGGCGAUGGUGGUGUGGCCGUUGCAGAUGAUGCUGUUGGUGCUGUCGCCCAAGGUGCUGGAGGAGAUCGUGAGGUCCGACAAGGGCCCGGCCGGCUCGCCGCGGCACACGAAGAAGAAACACUUCAUCGACAACGUGAAGCGCGGCCUGGGCAUGUACGGCAGCUCGUCCAGCCGGCAGCUGACCGAGGCGGCGGCGGUCACGUGCGUCAAGCUUACGAAAGCGGCGACGUACAUCAGCAAUCGGCAGAGCAACAACGUCGUCUUGAUCCUGGUGCAGCAGCUGAUGGCCGACCUGAUGUCGCUCCUCUUCAGCACCUCGAAGCCGUUCUCGCGCGGCCAGAACUACACCGCGCAGGACGUCGAUCUGAUAAUCGACUGCUUUAUCAGCUGCUUCCGCAUCAAUCCGCACAACAGCGAGGUCCUGAAGGUCUGCCUGAACGUCAACUACCCCUCGACGUAUCAGCUCGUCCUAGUCAGCUCGUUGUACAAAAUCAUCACGCAGCCGAGACUGUCGUGGUGGCCGCAGAUCGAUCUUCUGUACCCGCACAGCACGAAGCUCCGCAACAUGUUCACCGACACGCUCAACAAGGUCACGCAGAAUUACAUAUGGUACGCGCCGUUGCGCAUGAUACACACAUUCAACUUGCUCAAGAGCAAGGAGGACAUCGCCAACUCGAAGAACCUGCUGCUGGGGAUGGUGCGGCUCAUUCACGCGGACCCCAUGUUGAUGUUGCACAAUUCCGGCAAGCCUCAUGGUCAAGACAUGCAAAAUUCCACUUUAGAGCUGAUCAAUGGGCUGGUCUCGCUGAUCCACCAGACCUCGAUGCCGGACAUCGCCGACGAGGCGAUGGAGGCUUUAUUAGUGUUGCAUCACCCGAACAUGAUCAAAGCGUGGAAUCCUGAAGCGCCGAUGAACACUUAUUGGGACGUCAGCUCGCAGGUCCUCUUCUCGAUCUCGCAGAAGUUGAUUCAACAUCAGAUCUUUAACUACACGGCCAUACUCAAGUGGCUGCACGAGAUAUUGAUCCGCAGGAACGCCUUUCUCUCUCAGUACAAGGAUUACGCGAACGUGGGCAGCGAGAUCGCGAUUUGCAAGCAGGCGCACAUUAAACUCGAGGUCGUUUUCUUGAUGUACUUGUGGAGUACAGACAUAGAGGCCGUCUUGAUGUCCAUGUCGUGCUUCGCGCUGUUGUGCGAGGAAGCCGACAUUCGUUGUGGCAGCGACGAGAUGGCGGUGACCUGUCUCCUCCCAAAUUAUCAUUUGUACUUGGAAUUAGCGCAAGCCUCGAACAUGUUGAGCACUGCCCGCGGGGAAAGCAAGCUAUGUUAUCAGGAACAUAAUCAAGGUACGACGGUACAGCUUGAUGUCUACAUUUUGGGUCAAGGCGCAUUGCAAAAGAAAAUCUUAUCCUUACUGAGAAAGAUAGAACAUUGCGUGAACGGCGUGUACCCUGCUUGGGAGGAGACCGUGAGGAAUUGGGAGAUUGCCUUGCGACAAUUGUCCAAUUAUCCUAAGACCAAGACGGAAGAUGGUCAAGGUGAUUAUCGCAGUACCGCGAAACGUAGAGCGGCCCAUCAGAACUCGGAACACGAGGUGGAGGAUCAGCUCAACGAGUGGGCCAACAUGACAGGGUUCCUGUGCGCCUUAGGCGGGGUGUGCCUGCAACGUCCCUCGUCGAGUACACCGCCCUUCGGUAUGUCGUUCUCGAACCCUGAGCCUAAGAAGAGCUCGACGAAGCAGCAGGAGCUCGGCUCGUCGUCCGGCUUAACGAAUCCCAGCCAGGAGGUGCAGUACUGCCCGGUGACGCAGUUUGUGCUGAACCUGCUGCGACUGUUGAUCUGCAACAACGAGAAACUCGGCACUUCGAUACAGAAGCACGUGAAGGAGCUGAUCGCGCACGAGCUGAGCCCGGCCUUGUACCCGAUACUGUUCGAUCAGAUCAAGAGCAUCGUCGACAAGUUCUUCGACCAGCAGGGACCGGUGAUACUGCAGGACUUAAACACCCAGUUCAUCGAGCACACCAUAUUUAUAAUGAGAAACGUCCUGGACUCCAAGACGGAUCAGCAUUCGGAGUACCUCGGUAUGACCAGCAUCGAGGGCAUGACAUUGGUGAUCGUUAGAUACGUCAGGCAUUUGGACAUGUCGGUGAAUUCGAUCUGCAUCAAGACGAAACUGUGCCAGCUGGUGGAAGUGAUGAUGAAGAGGCGGGACGACCUGGCCUUUAGGCAGGAAUUGAAAUUUCGGAACAAACUGGUCGAGUACCUGACCGAGUGGGUGCUGUGCGCGAACCACAUCACCGGCAGCGAUAUCACGGCUUACGCCAGGGACCUGGAUCAAGCUUGCAUGGAGGCAGUGGCCGCGUUAUUGCACGGACUUCCCCUUCAGCCCGAGGAGUCUGAUCGUUGCGACCUGAUGGAGGCGAAGUCCGAACUGUUCUUGAAGUACUUCACGCUCUUCAUGAAUCUGAUGAACGACUGCAAGGAAUCGUCGGAGGAGAAGGACGUCGUCUCCCGGCAAACGCCCGCUUUACCGAACAGCAAGCUAGCCACGUUGCGCGACACCACCAUUCAAGCCAUGAGCAAUCUUCUCAGCGCGAAUAUAGACAGUGGUCUACGGCAUUCGAUAAGUUUAGGCUAUAAUCCGGAUCUCCAAACGAGAGCAGCGUUUAUGGAAGUGCUGACUAAGAUUCUUCAACAAGGGACACAAUUCGACACUCUUGCCGAGACCGUCCUGGCGGACAGAUUCGAGCAAUUAGUUCAGCUGGUGACGAUGAUCAGCGACAAGGGCGAAUUGCCCAUCGCCAUGGCCUUGGCUAACGUAGUGACGACGAAUCAGAUGGAUGAGCUGGCGCGCGUAUUCGUGAUGCUUUUCGAAGCGAAGCACUUGCUGUCGCCUCUGCUGUGGAAUAUGUUUUACCGAGAGGUCGAGCUGACCGACUGCAUACAGACUCUCUUUCGCGGCAACACUCUGGCCAGCAAGAUCAUGGCCUUCUGCUUUAAGAUCUACGGUUCCAGCUAUUUGCAAAACUUGCUCGAGCCUCUCAUUAAACCUUGGAUGGACGAGCCUACGAUCAGUUUCGAGAUAGAUGGCGCGAGAAUUGACCCGAAUGAGAAUAUCCAGCAAAACGGUCGCAACUUGAUCGCACUGACGCAGAAGGUGUUCGACGGCAUAGUAUCGUCGGCGGAUAGGUUUCCCCCGCAGCUACGUUCGAUGUGUCACUGCCUGUACCAAGUACUGAGCAAGAGAUUCCCGCAACACCCGCAGAACAACAUCGUGGCCGUAGGAACGAUGAUAUUCCUGCGUUUCAUCAACCCCGCCAUCGUCUCGCCUCAAGAGAUGGGUAUCGUGAAUAAGCCGGUACCGCCUUCGGUGAAGCGAGGCCUCAUGCUCAUGUCGAAGAUAUUGCAGAACAUCGCCAAUAACGUGGAGUUCAGCAAGGAGCAGCACAUGCUGCCCUUCAACGACUUCCUGCGAGCGCACUUCGAGAUCGGCCAACGAUUCGUCAUACAGAUCACGUCGGACUGCGAGACUCUCGGUCAGACCCAUCACUCCAUGUCGUUCGUCUCAGACGCCAACGUCCUGGCCUUGCACAGGCUGCUGUGGAAUCAUCAGGAGAGAAUGGGGGACUAUCUCAGCAGCAUACGCGAUCACAAAGCCGUGGGGAGGAGACCCUUCGACAAAUUGGCCACGUUGCUAGCGUAUCUCGGCCCGCCCGAGCAUAAACCAGUAGAUUCUCAUUCGCUCUUCUCGUCCUCCUACGUUCGAACGAUAGUACGGUGGCAGCAGAUAAGCAGCGACAUGUCGUCGACGUAUUUCGAAGAGGUCAUGUCGAAGCUGAAUGUGCACGAGACGGAAGAUUUCAAGAGCAUCCAGAGUCUGAACAUCUUUUACCAAGCGGGCACCAGCAAGCAAGGCUACCCAGUAUUUUAUUACAUUGCACGACGAUACAAGUUCGGCGAGACGAAUUUCGACUGUUUGAUGUAUCACGUGGUCCUAACUCUGAAGCCCUUCUACCACUCCCCGUACGACGUGGUAUUCGACUUCACUCACACGAACUCGGACAAUCGCUUCCGGACGGAAUUCCUGCAAAAGUGGUUCUACAUGCUGCCGCAGGCGGCCUACGAGAAUAUCCACGCGGCCUACAUUUAUAAUUGCAACAGCUGGCUGCGCGAAUACGCCAAGUGUAACGACAGGAUCUUGGCGCCCUUCAAGGGCAAUCGAAAGGUGGUCUUCGUGGACGGUCCAGGCAAGCUCAACGACGUGAUCGACGUCGAGCAGCAGAAACUGCCCGGAGCCACGUUAUCCCUCGACGAGGACAUGAAGGUCUUCGCCAGUAUGCUGAAACUGUCCAACAAGGAGAUCAGGGUGUCCGUGAAGAUCGGAUCGACGGCCUUGCAGAUCACCCACAUGGACAAGACCAAGGUGUUGUGGCAGUACGUCGCCUUGAACGACGUCUAUUACGCGUCGGAGAUCGAGGCGGUUUGUCCGAUGGACGAGAGCCAGUUCACGCUGACCAUCUCCAACGAGGCCGGGCUGCUGGCGUUCACCCACAACGACUGCGAGAGCAUCGUGCAGGCCAUAAAUCACAUCAAGAAUCGCUGGGUGCUCUCGCAGUCGGACUCGAUGUCCGUCCACUCGAAGAUCCGGCCCAAGGACGUGCCCGGCACCCUGCUGAACAUGGCCUUGCUGAAUCUCGGCAGUCCGGACCCGAACCUCCGCACCGCCGCGUACAACCACCUGUGCGCGCUCACGGCGGCGUUCGACCUGAAGAUCGAGGGCCAGCUGUUGGAGACCUCCGGUCUCUGCAUACCGUCGAACAACACGAUCUUCAUCAAGCACCUCAGCGAGACGCUGGCGGCGAACGACCCGCAUCUCACCCUCGAAUUCCUCACCGAGUGCAUACAGGGCUUCAAGGCGUCGACGAUCGAGCUGAAGCACCUGUGCCUCGAGUACAUCACGCCGUGGCUGAACAACCUCGUGCGCUUCUACAAGUCCAACGACGAGUGCGACCGGCGGCAAAAACAGCUGACGGAGAUCCUGGACCAGCUGAUCACGUUGACCGUCGAGGAGGUCGAGAUGUAUCCGAGCAUACAGGCGAAAAUAUGGGGCACGAUCGGCCGGCUGCCCGAGCUGAUCGACAUCGUCCUCGACACGUUCAUCCACCGGAGCGUGCAGCACCGUCUGGGCUCGCACCGGGCGGAGAUCCUGGCGGACACCGCGGUCGCUUUGGCGUCCGGUAAUGUGCAGCUGGUAGCGAAGAAGGUGAUCAGCAGACUCUGCCGAAUGAUGGAGAAGACUUGUUCGUCGCCGACGCCGCUGCUGGAGCAGCACAGCAUGUGGAGCGACAUUGCGAUCCUGGCGAGGUACUUCCUGAUGUUGUCAUUCAACAACUGCCUGGACGUGGGGAAACAUCUGCCGUAUCUCUUCCAUACGGUGACGUUCCUCGUGUGCUCCGGCAGCCUGACCAUGCGGGCCUGCACCCACGGCUUGGUCAUCAACACCAUUCACUCCCUGUGCACGUGCAGCUCGCCUUCCUUCUCCGAGGACACGUACAGGAUACUGCGUAUGAGCCUCGACGAGUUCUCGUUGCCGAAGUACCACUUGCUCUUCGGCAUCAGCGAGGUCAAGUCCGCCGCCGAUACGGCCUUCUACAAGCACCCGGGCUCCAGCAGGCAGGAUCUCUGCAAACACUCGAACGAGAAGGGUCUCAGCAACGAGCGGAACGUGUCGGGCGUGCAGGACAAGGAGAGGCUCUCUUUGAUCAGCUUGGAAGUCAUCACCGACGCUCUCCUGGAGAUCAUGGAGGCCUGCAUGCGGGACAUCCCAAGGUGCGAUUGGCUGAAAACGUGGACCGUGCUCGCGAGGAACUCCGUCUUCUGCUUCAACCCGGCUCUACAGCCGAGAGCGCUCAUCGUCUUCGGUUGUAUCAGCAAGAGCAUUACGGAUCAGGAUAUGAAACAGUUACUGAGGAUACUGGUGAAGGCACUUGAAAGCUUCAACGACAUUACUCUGUUGGAGGCGAUCGUGAUGUGCCUGACGCGAUUGCAGCCCCUUCUUAGACCGGAAUCGCCGAUACACAGGUACUUAUUUUGGAUCGCCACGUCUGUUCUCGAGUUAGACGAACCGUCGUUAUAUGCGGCCGGCCUAGGGCUUCUCGAGCAGAACUUACAUACGCUCGACUCCCAGGGUACUUUCGACACCAAGACGUUGGAGCACGUGAUGAUGUCGACGCGUGAGCCUUUAGAAUGGCAUUUUAAACAGCUGGAUCAUUCCGUAGGCCUGUCGUUCAAAUCGAACUUCCAUUUUGCUUUGGUCGGUCAUCUAUUGAAAGGCUACAGGCACCCCACCACGGUCACCAGGACUUCCAGAGUAUUGACCAUGUUGCUAGCGAUCGUGGCCAAGCCUUCGAAAAGGGACAAAUUCGAAGUCACGCCCGUCAGCGUUCCGUACUUAGCCGCGUUAGUGUCCGUGUCGGAGGAAGUUCGUACCAGGUGUCACAUCCGGCACUCGUUCACAUCCGAUCACAAUCGCUCGCACGAAUCAUCGGGUAGCGCGGAGAUUCUCGACAGCUUGCGCAAUACGGAUAUCACAGGUGCGCCUAAUCUCACGAGUAGGAGGCAGAAAACUUGGGACUUGUUGGACCAAUCGGCGCUCGCUCAAGCGAGGAAGCAAAAACAGCAUUCCGCACAGCGUUCCAGAAGCGUGCCGAGCGCGAAGGAAGUCAAGCCAGCGAACGACGCAGAACCACAGGCCCGUAGCAACGGAGUGAGCCUGAAGAGCAACGAGAACAACGUCUUGCUCGAUCCAGAGGUGUUGACCGACCUCGCGACGCAGACCCUCGUUCUUACCGUGUUAGCCACUCUGGUAAAGUACUCCACCGACGAGAACGAGAUGCGGAUUCUUUACGAGUAUCUGGCGGAAGCGACUAUAGUUUUCCGGAAAGUUUUCCCAGUCGUGCACAACUUGCUCGACGCGAAGAUCAACAGCGUGCUGUCGUCUUACCACGACCAAGCGAUACUGAACGCGGUUCAGGUCAUCAUACAGAACAUGAUAGCCUGCGAGGACACGAGCCAGCAGCAACUGCAUUACUUACAGAGCUGUGGCUUCCGCGGUCUCUGGAGGUUUGCCGGGCCGUACACGAACUCCAGUUGUACGCCCGAAAGCGCCGAAUUGUUCGUGAAUUGCCUGGAGGCGAUGGUAGAAACGUGUCUACCUGUGGAAGAGUGCGACGGCCCGAAUAGCCAUGAAUCGGCCGUCGGAAGGGGUAGACGGACCGGCGGCUAUCAGUCGGACGCGAAAACGAAGCAGUCUAUGGGCGGAUUUAACAGGAGACCUUCGCACACUUCUGCAGAGGAGACCGGUGCUACCUCACUUAACGUAUACAACCACGCGGAGGACAGUAGGAACAAUUUCACGGUAGAGUUGGACCAGAGCGAGGACAAGAGUGGUAAUUGCAAAUGUAGUAGCGGCGGCUCGCAAUCUUAGCAAUUAGAUCGUGAUACUAGCAGACAGUACGACAAACGCGCUCGUAAGAGGCAAAACGGUCGAAAGUUGCAACGGCAGAUGAGGUGCGUGAAUUUGACCGAUUAAACGAACGCACGUGUUGACUUCGUGGUAUCGCCGCCGUAUGUCCAGUCGGCUUUGCAGAAUGCCGUCCACGUCGCAAUAACGAGCCUACGGGAAAUGGAAAUCAACGAAAGCCGUUUCGUAGCGUGUCAUCUCUUUUCUUUGGUGCUCAUCGGCGUUGUGUGUUGUUGCGAUUCUUGCGUUAACGCGUCUACCCGGAUAGCCAAGCUUGCAGAUUCCGAACGGAACCUGCUGCAAGUUCUCCAGAAGCCAGAAAGGCAACAGAUCCAACACAAAAUCUAGAUGAUUCUAAAUGAUUAUGUUGACAAACUGCCGCCAGAAAUGUGACGGAACGUGCUGACGAGUAAUGGGAGCAGAUUGGCGGUAGAAACCGAGCAGAUCCCAGAGAUGAAUAAGAAGUUCAUAGAGAAUUCAUUCGAAAGAAUACGUGCAGAAUUAGAAGAACGAAUAUCCGUAGAAUUCUUGGAGAAUUGGCCACAAUCAGUUCGUCCUGAAAUAUUAUUCAGAUGUUCAUUAUAACGAAUAAUUCACGACUCAGUGGAAUUCUCUGAGAAUUCGUGAGGGAUUACGUGCGUUUUGUUUGUUACAAUUUCUUAUUGUGGUUCUGCGUUCUACGUUCAGCGAAUGCUUGUGUUACUUUCGGUGCUUCAUAUGUGCAUUAUCAUAAUUAGGAUUUUUAUUUAGUUAGUUUCCGUUGCCAAUCUGGUUGUGUAUGCAGGCGGAACAUAAGUUCUGCUCAGGCAGAACAAAUGUCUGAAAGAUGUCUUAAAGACACCUAAAAGACGUUCUAUUUUUUUCCCUUUAUAUUUUUUCCUCGAUAUCUUUCAGACGUAUUUAAGAGGUCCUUUAGAAAUUCGUUUUAUCUGGGUGAAUGCGAAGACAAUUGAUUCCAAGUCUGUUGACAUGUUUGAAUCAAAUCUGCUGCCAAUCUGCCGACAUACUGCUAACAUUUUGCUUGCGGGUGUAUACAUACACACGUACAUUUAUACGUUGUUAUUAUUAUUAGAUUGAUACACCGUGAAAUGUCGGAUUUCCUUGUCUCUUUCGAUAUUGCAAGCUGCCGCAGCCGCACCGUUUCCGAGUUUAAAUUCAUAUCGGAUAAUAAUGCGUGUUUCACUGGUACUCAUGUUCAAAGAUUAAUACCACCCUGCACGCACGAUAUUCCAGAAGAAAAUCUACUGAUAAUGUUAAUACAUGUUAAUACAUCGACUGACUUACAUUUUUGCCAAACGUAUUAACUUACAGUGUAUCUCCAGCACAAUACGGCAAAACAUAAUAUGAAUAACAAAAAUUCGACGUUUCACGUGUACCAAUCUGAUGCGAUACUUUGCUGCGAAUUUUAAAUGCGUAUAUCGUACUUCGUACUUCGUACUCACGUUUUUACAACGAACUCGAGAACAUUGCGUUGCCAGGUAGAGAGAGAGAGAGAGAGAGAUGUUCUCGCCUCGUGAGAUCCCAAGGCGGAUCUCAGCAGCCGAAUAAUUUCGUUAUGAUUUCGCGAGCUAUUUCAGUAACGAGUGUUCGAUAUUUUCCUCUCAACGAUUACGCACACGUGUGUCGACUGAUUUCGUCGCGAUCGCGCCACGCUCGGGACCGUCGACCCAGCUCGUAGAAAAACGCGACGUGGGCGAAUCGCGUUGGGAUAUUGUCGCGGGUGAGCGACGCUCUCACGCAUCUCUUUGUUAUACUCAUUGCAGAGAUACGCGCGUUAGGUUUUCCUCGCGCGCGUGAGGAACGUCUAUCACGAGGAGAACGAGCACAAGGCUGAGGCUGACCGUGCGUACAUUGAGAAACCCACUUGGUUGACUCGAACAGAAUUCUCGCUCGGAUAUGGCCGAACAAAAUUUGCUUCUCCGAAGCAAAGGUUUGCUUCUUUGAAACGAAAGGGAAAAAGGGUUCGCUUCGGAGAACCAAAUCUUUGGUUCUCACAAUCGAAACAUUCGCUUGCUUCUCAUCCGAACAAGAAUUUAGCUCGAGUCAACCAAAUGGAGGGUUUCUCAGUGUAGAUACACUACGCGACCCGCCUGAUUGAACAAGACCCUGAAUCGUCAUAUCUCAAUAGCGACUGCAACACGAGAGGCUCGCGGACUCGAUCGGGGAUUCCUCCGGGAGGACGGGAAAUCACGGUUCCGUGAGAAAGGCCGCUUUUCCUACGCCGUUACGUUUAUACGGGCAUCUGCAAACACGAUCUGCUGGACCAGUAGGCGCCUCUUGUCUCUCGAGGCGGUCGAGGCCACAGAACGAAUUAUCUCUAGAAUCUUGUCUAGCGUAACACCAAUAUAUCUGUAUGUUUACAACUUAUUAAAGUACAAAGCGAGACCAAGCGUUACUUCCCCGUACUGUACUAUAAUGGAUAUCGGGAUAUUUUAGUGAUAAGAUCGUGAGUGAGAGAGAGAGAGAGAGAGAGAGAGAGAAUGUGUGUGUAUGUGUGUAUGUAGUAUAUGUGAACAAUAAAACUUAAUAGAUCGUCGAUAUUACUAACGGUGAAUACGAAUUACCGAAGAUCGUGUUGAAAUACCACUUCGAUGUUUAUAUCGUCGCGAGAGCGCUCGUCUCUUUUAUGUAUUCGUUUAAAUGAACUCUUCCUUUCGUGAUUAUGACGAUUUAACAACGGUUUAUAAAUAGCGAAACGCUCAUACACGCGGACUUGUAUAAAUGUGAAAAUGCGAAUACCUCCGCGCGGCGACUCCACAGAAUAGAUAUCAGGCGGUUUCUCAAUGGCACUAACGACCGUCUCGCGUUUCGCGGGAUGCGUCUGUACAUACAAUGCGUGUAAAUGUUGUAUAAUCGUGGCGACGUGUGUAAAUUCUUGGAUGUUUCUCUUCCUCUCGAUCAUUUCGAGCGAAAGGAGCGCGGCGAGAACGAUGCGUCGUGCGGCAAGAGAAGUCGACGACGAUCGACAAGGUGUGCUGACUUCCGCACAGAGCUUCUUCCGAAACUUACACUUAAAUCGAUCGACGGGGCCCGUGUAAAAUAAUUUCACAUUUGCGUAUGUUUCAAUAUCGACCGAAACCCGAGUCGCUUCAUCGCGAUGUCCCUCUCAUGCGUGUCUUUACGUGUAUCAAACUUCACUGCGUCUCUCAUGGUUUAGCGAUAUUCGGUUUGCUUCAAACUGAAUCCCAACGCCGGGAUUCGCUCGGUAUUGAGAACAACGCUUUAAACUCGACGCAGCGUCGUCUGGUUCGUUAAGAUUCCACCUAUUUAUUUAUUUAUUUAUUUAAGAAGCGAUCCGCGCGCGAAACUGUCGAGCGCAUCGGCAGCACUCGCGCGUCUCGUCGUCUUGUUACCAAAGGUGUAAAUCGUCCCUAGGCUGCGUUAGAUACGGCGACUGAUCGAGCAAUCGUUGCUAACGGGAGCGACGGAGAAACAGGCUCUAAUAUGUGGUAAUAAUAGCUUAACACAUGUAUGCAUCCCGUAUUCGGUAUAUUACCAUCAGGUACGAUUUCCUCUUCCGAUCUCGUGCUUUCUCGCGAUGUUCGUGUAGACUGCGUUAUCGUCACGAUGAUCCUGUAAAUAUCAUGUUUCCAACGUGUAAAGAGAUCGACGAAGCUGUAUGUACACGUCGGACUAGCGAGUAGCCGCUUCUGUUCUACUCGCGUGUAAGUUUUCGCGGUCGGUUCUUUCCCCUCGCUUACUACAGUCCUAUUAGUUAAUGUCUUCGACAAAGCUGAUCUCUCCGAGCGCGAAGGUCGACAUUCCUUUCCGGCAAAUCGAGUGUACUUCCAUAUGUGUGUGCCAAAUAUGAUUGAUUUACCACCGGUGUGACCGCGGGCUCUUCCAAGUCGCUACGUAACACCGGUGGUAUUGGGAAAUAACGCGUUACUUUAUUCACCGUCGUCGUAACAAGUUACUUUUUUCCAGUAGCGACUCGGCAACGAUACAAUUGUUAUUUUUAUCGUCACUCCGCGCGUGUCUGUUAUUAAAACGACUCGUGACAAAAGAAAGGGGUCUUCAGAACUUGAAGAAAAAGUCGAUGAAGAUUCGAACGAUUCGUUAUUUCUCGAGUAACGAGGUAACGGCAAUGGGGUUGCUUUUCAAAAUUAUUCACGACCACAGCGUAGAGCUGUUCUUUUUCAAUGAAUGACGAGAGUUACUUGUAAAAAGUAAAAUACAGAAAUAUCGGACUUGAACAAGUGGUAUGCCCGACUUUUCACCGCGUAACUCGAUCCGAUGAAGAAACGUACGCUCGUCCGACGGUAUUGUGUGCACGUGUGCUAGCGAAGAGUGCCUUUGUGUGUAUGAACGUGUACAUAAAAGAUGUCUAUUUACCUGAUGGUGAUGUGUGUGCGACAUAGAUAAUUGUACAUGUAAUAAUGGCCUCGCGGAUACUCGAUUCGCGCGAUCGGCAUUAAAUCGAUUAUUUUUCUCUUCAUCGAAUCUCUUCACGACGUGAUAUAAUUUGGCCUUUCUACGAACUGCAGUGGGUGGUUCUUUUGUGUAAAUAUAUCUGCGAUUAAAACGCUGUUUUCUAAGUCACUGUAGAUGGUUCAUAUUACUGAGAUUCAAGUGAGACUCUUGGA